CUGUGACGUGUGCGCACUGCGCAGCCGCGUCAGCACCCCCUGGCCAGGCGCAUCUGCGCAUUUUCCAACAAAAUUUCUCUCACAGGCGAGGUUCUGCCCGUCCCGGAUCGUCGCGUUCGUUCCGACGGAGCAGGCUGCCGGAAGUCGAAACGGAGAAAACCAACCCCUUCGAUUGUUCACAUAUCGUUUAUCAAUUAUGUACAAAACCGUACGAAAAGGCGAUGCCAGCCUGCAGUACACGAUUCUACCGCAAACGGACCAGUUUUCGUCAUCCGGGUUCCCUCAGACAUCGGGCAAGGCGGGCUGGAGGGUCCUCAAGUACUCCAUAUGCACGUUGAUGAUUCUGUUCGUCGUGUCCUACGUGGCGGUAACUCUUUUCAUGAACCAGAGCGACGAGCGGCUGUUCGCCAGUACGGUGCUGGCUAUAGGCCGAGUUGGGCACAACUCGUCGAGGGCUAGAAACUCGUCGAGGAGUCAGGAGAAAGACAUGGCGAACAAAAGCAAAAACAGGCUUCCAGUAACGACCACGGUUUCAUCUACGGAAGCUUACAGGAAGCAGGAUAUCGAGGACGAGAUGACUACGUUGUUAGAGGCGUCGAACGUAGAUGAACAAGAGUCACAGGAGUUCACUACCACAGAUUCCACAACGAGUAGCACGCAACGUUCGAAAACAUCCACGGAAUCGACGACGAGCGUCAAACAGACGUCCACGUCCACCACUACGUAUAUACUACCGACAACGUGGUCGACCGGUUUAAAAACGUUAACCAGCACCCCGAGUGAAGCGACCAAGAUGACGUCGAGCGCGCCAACGAGGAAGGCAAAGAUGCCAAGGGUGACCUUGAAGCUCAGAGAGAACGAAACGAUACCACAAAUGUACAUGAAGGCUGGGAUAGCGUCGUACAAAAAAGGAAACAUCACUACGAGCGUCUUGGCACACGGCCUAAGCCUGGAAGGGUUGAUCUUCAAGACGCCAGAGGGAACGAUAAACCCCUGGACGCAAAAGUGGUUCUUCACCGAUCCUUCCUCCGACUUUCAAUGGAAGGUACAGUUGUCUCGGCAAAGCUUCAACCGGAUGGCGGUGAAGGUUUACAUAACCCUGGCAGUGUUCCUCACCUUCGCGAGCAUUCUCGUCUCUCUGCUGUUGUACGUGCGAAAGACCACGAGACGCCUGCGUCAAAGCGUCGAAGAACCAGAAGUGGAGGGACAGGAGGAGGACAAAUCGACUUUGUUGGGCGUCGAAAGCCAGGAAAUCGAGGAAAAAGAGUAAUCGUGAUUCAACCAUGGGAGAGCCACGUAGCUCGUAAGAUUCGCAUAUUUUUACAACGUGUACGUCAGUUUAGAUUUAGAUACUUCGCGUGAAACACCGAACGAACGAUCAUCGAGAUGUUGGGAAUACCGGUUAAUAUUUUUCGGGUUCGUUUAAUCGAGCGUUGAAAGCCCCGUUUUAAGGAAUUGACUGAUCGAAUAAUUAUCGUUCUCUUCUUAUCGUUUGUUUCGUUGCUAUUUUGCUUACUUGGUUAUAGUGGUUCGUGGAGAAUCAAGCUCGGUGAUAUCUUAACAAACGUAAAAUUUUCUAAACGCGAGUCACGUAAUUCCUACCAAGGAUUUAUUUCUCAUAGGAAAUAAUUCCAGCUAAAAAUCGUUAAUAUCGUGGAACAUUUUAAAAUUCGCGAUAUUUCCUGAAAUACCCUAGCGAUGUUUUUGUCUUAUAAUUUGUAUAUACCUAGACGUGAAAAGUGAAUUUUCAUUGAUUCCGAUAUGCUCGAUCUAUGCGGAGAAGAUGGUUCGAAAGAUAGUAGCCAGCUUUCGAAGGUUGGCUAGAUGGACAUUUUUCCUCGGUAUACCUUCUUCUUUCUGCAAAUACAAUUGAGACGUAACGCGUAAGAACGACUGAAAAGAACGACGCGGCUUUCGCGUGUUCACAGUCUUAUCCUAUUGCUAGGUUGCGCUAGCGUGUUGUGGUCCGAUUAAUUUUCGCCGAAUUUUGUCUGACACUGCAGACUACUUACGAUCAUUGACUCGCGAUGAUAGUCUUCGAAAUGUUUCUAUUAUAUAAUUUAUAAAGACGUAGAAUACUUUUUCGAAAGUUAUUUUCAUCGUUACUGAUUCUACUCGAUACUUUUUUCUAUUUCACAUGUAUGUAUAUCGAUACAUAUACGAUAUUGAUAUUAAUAUGCUUGUGUCUAUAUUAUAUUUUAUUCGUGCCGUGACAUCCUGCUGGAUAUAAAGCAAUUCCUCGAAAAAAAGAAACAGGUGAAUUUUGUACGAGACAAAUAGUUACAUUCGAUAGUUUAUAGCGUCUUUGUGCGCUUAGUGAUGAUUUUUUUUACUUCUAACGAUUGUGUCCUUAUUUUCUACCAUCUUUUCAACAUGAGUAGGUAAGUAACGAUUCUCAACCAUAUUAUGUCUUUAAUACUAUAAGUUAGGCAAUUUUUUCAAGUACUUACUUAUGUGUUUAUGAAUGUUAUUCGUAAGCAAAUAAAAGCAUUGUCAUUCGAUUAGUCUGGAUGUGACAUUUGGAGCAAGAUGGGGACAUUUCCAUGAACGAUCAUUUUUAGAUAAUAUGGACGUACAGGAGAAAAACAGAGCGACAAAGUUGGAUCGAAGAAUCUAUGCGGAGAACCGUUGAAGCGAUU